CUGAUGGACUUAAUGCAAUUCACGAAGCCAAAUUAGUGCAUAAAGAUUUUUAUCCCGUAAAUAUAGUUAAUCAAAAUAUGUAUAGUUCUUACAUUACUGAUUUUGGUUUAUAUAGACCAGUAUCAAAAGACGCAAACUCUAAAGAACUUUUUGGGGUGUUUCCCUAUAUUUCUCCAAAAAAUAUUCCACAUGACGAGGAACUAACAAUUCGAAUUUAUUACAGCCUUAGACCUGAAAUUAGAUGCGAGGUUCCUCAAUUACUUUUGAAUCUAUUGCAUAAGCAGAACCUCAAAACAGACCAACUGCUGAAGGAUUAG